AAGGAGCAGGCUGUGCAAUAUGCUGAAGACGGGCGUUUUUUUCCCAGUCAAGUGUAGUUCCGCGGUAAAGCUUUGAAAAGGGCUGAAGUUUCAGGUUUGUGAAACUUGAAUUAGCAAGCAUCAGCACAAAAAGUUGAGGGAAAAGCGAAAGGGGUUUGGCCCACUAAGUUAAUUAUCAUUAGCGAAAUCAAAACGGACUUUUUUUUUCCUAUUUAAAAGGGUACCUCACCAACCACCAAGAUUUCGCCCAAAAGCAGACAAGAGGAUCGCCCCGCGCUGACUAGACUAGUCGGCAGGAAGCGGCUGAUCGCUGCCGGGGUGCUGGGAGUCAUUAUGGUUUUGGUGCUGGUGAUCCUCAUCCCCGUCCUGGUCAACUCUGCGGGGACAUCUGCGCAUUACGAGAUGCUCGGCACCUGCCGGAUGGUGUGCGAUCCAUAUGGGACUAAGUCUCCGACCAGCACGGCCACGGCAGACACCGUGCGGGACAACGGUCUCGUCCAGUCGCUGCCCACUUUCAUACAGGGUCCGAAAGGGGAGCCCGGGCGUCCGGGGAAGGCGGGCCCCAGGGGUCCACCUGGUGAGCCCGGACCGCCAGGUCCAGCCGGCCCGCCUGGAGAGAAAGGGGAUCCCGGGCGACCAGGUCUGCCAGGACCACCUGGACCCAACGCCGCCGCAGGAGCCAUCAGCGCCGCCACUUACAGCACCGUCCCCAAAAUAGCCUUUUACGCAGGGCUUAAAAAGCAGCACGAAGGCUACGAAGUGCUCAAAUUUGAGGACGUGGUCACUAACCUGGGCAACCAUUACGACCCCACGACCGGGAAGUUUACCUGCUCCAUCCCAGGGAUUUACUUCUUCACCUACCACGUCUUGAUGCGGGGCGGCGAUGGGACCAGCAUGUGGGCUGACCUUUGUAAAAACAACCAGGUGCGGGCUAGUGCCAUUGCCCAGGAUGCUGAUCAGAACUACGACUAUGCCAGCAACAGCGCUGUGUUGCACCUGGAGCCUGGGGACGAGGUUUACGUGAAGCUAGACGGGGGCAAAGCCCAUGGGGGUAACAACAACAAGUACAGCACCUUCUCUGGGUUCAUCAUAUAUGCCGACUAAUGGGAAAUUGGCCCAGCCCCCGGCUCCGCCCACAUCCUCCUCCUGACCAAUUGUUAUCCUCCCUUUACAUUUGUCCCGCCCCUAACCUGAGGGAAGAGGAGCAGGGACUGGCUGAAACUUUUGCCAUUUUGUUGAAAGGCGGGUGAGCAGGAGUGGCCAGGUACGUCUUUGAAUGGCUGGAACAAAUCACAAAAAAAAAAAAAGAAAACUACAACUGCCUGGCGGAAGAAGAAGAAAAUAAAAAUGAGGAAAAAUUGGUUUGUGGGUCAGCAAGUGUUGGCAGUCUAGCACCAAAGCAGUCAAUGGAGUAUUCCUUACUUUGUGUCAGAUGUAAGCCUAUUAAUGUGAGACUUUUUUUAAAAUAAAAAGAUAUGUGCAAUAAUAUUAACAGUAUUAGUAACCCUAGACCCAAUAUUCUUGCUGUUCUUGUCAUGACGAUGCUAAAGACAAUAUUCCAGACAUCCAUGUUGUAUAUGUUGCCUGGCAACCAUGAUGCUUAAAGCCAGCUGUUGCGUAACUUUGGAGGGAUGAGAUAUGAUGCUUAAUGUGGUUAAAGUGCUAUAUAUUAUAUAUAUGUAUAUAGACAUAGAUAUAUCUAUAUAUAUAUUCUUUCUCCUUGUAUUGAUCUCCUUUGCGUGAUGACCUUUAUUAAAUGACAAGGCGAUGGAAAGCUAUCAGCGUAUGGGUGAGACUCCCAAACUGCGCUGUGAUUGGUUCCCUGUUCAGAGGAGGAGUUGUCCAUCCUCCAAUCACAGCACCUGGAAGGAUCCACUGCCUUUAUGCUUGUAGAAACGAAGGUGCUGAAUUCGAGUAAAUGAUCGGGCUUGGAACACACAUGUAGGUAUUGUCACUGAGAUUGUACUGAGGAGUAUUAAUAGGUUUUUCAAACAUUACAGAUACAGGCAACAGACAAGACCAACUGUAGUCUUGAUAAGUAAUGCAUUGGAGUUGCUUCUUGAGUAAAUUAAAGAAAGAAAAACAGAACAGUAUCACCUGCUGCAUUCUCUAUACAGUGGAUGGAAUUUACUUUUAAAAAAUCCAAGUGGUUUCCCAGCAACUGGGGUGACGAUUGAUGAACUGGUUUUUUAAACGUCACUCUUGGUUCGAUACAUUUUGGCUCGAUGCCCCAUUCCUGGAAAGCAAUUAGAAAUUUCAAAUAAUUAUUUUGGACUUUGACCCUGAUUUAUAAAGGCAUUUAAUUUAAGGUAAACUGUAGGAGGUCCU